AAUAUGAGCGAAUCACGCAACAUAGAAGAUCUUUUACAGACGGGCUUCUUCACAACCUCUAGGGCCAAAACUCCCAAGCAUUACAGACCUAGCACGGAAGCUCCGGCCGUUCCUCCUCAUGUCUCCAGCAUCUCCAAUAUUACCCGACCGGCCUCCAACCCGGAUCCGCUGGUACCCAGGUCCUUCGACCCGCCAUUGAGGCUCACCCGUCGCAAACACUUUCCGCCCCCGCCAACCGUCGAAGAUGAGACCGAAGCGCUCCAAAAAGAGCACGGCAGCGCUGCCUCACUCGUGAGCGACACCGAGCCUCCAUCACGAGGUGACGCCGAUCAAUACCCCAUCAUAAUGGAGGUACACGAACACAAUCCCGAACGCCGAUUCGUCCUGGUACCAAAGUCUGCGAGCGGGACAGAAGAUGAAGAUUCGUCCGACGACGCCAAAGCACGCGCUGCCGAACUUUCGCGCCAUGCGAAGUCUGAGACCAAGGGCGACUACGGAGCAAACUACGAAGCGAACACUGGCAGAAAAUACCGGGCGCCUCCAGUCGAGGACCUGAAUCAACACAAGCGACCAGAUCUCGAAAAGAAAAAGAGCAGACAAGAGCUUCCACGCAUUGAGACUGAUGUUAAGGACGAGGAGACCCGGCCUCGGAAACAUGAACGAACAAAAUCUGCGACUCGCGUGGAGCAACAACCUGCCGAUUACUUCUCACCAAAGGAGGACAAGAGACAGCCCAAGGAGCCUCUUCUCUCACCACAGGUGAUCAAGCACGCAACAGGUGGGCGCGAAAAAGCCUACUACGACUACUCGCAAUCUGGUCGGAAUGGUGCACCUCGGCCCCAGAGAAGCCGUUCGAAUCUGGCCGAUGAUAGCAGAAAAUUCGACGACAACUACACACGUCAAAACGCAUCAUCAAACCCGCCGCCGACGCGUCGUUCCAACACUAAUAUUGACUCUCCUCCCAAGGAGUCGAGGAAGAAGGAUCCUUCGCCGCCCUAUGAUCGCUUGGACCGCGACCGCGAGCGUGAACGUGACCGCGAACGUGAGCGUGAGCGUGACCGCGAUGGUGGCUCGAAGAGGACAUCGAAUUCCAAGCGUGAUACUCCACGACGCAGAGAUGACAGUGGCUCCAGCAGUAGCGAUUACACGCAAACUCCACGAACAGCCAAUAUUCGGCGGAGAAAGUCGAUGGUUGAACAAGAAGACAAGGACAUAUUGCUGAGCCCUGUCCAGCUCAAGCCAUCUCAGUCGGCCAGAUCGAGAUCGAGGCCUCCCCCGGCAGAAGUUGUGAUGCCAUCUCCACGAGUCUCCACAAAGUCGUUUGCUGACGACAUUCCGCCUCCUCCUCCGCCUCGAUCCUCACAAACAUUUCCGGUGACAAGGGAGCCCAGGGAUAAUGGAGAUAUCAAGGAGAAGUCUGUUCCAUACCCUGAUGACGACCUACUGCCUAGAGUAAGCCGCCUUAGCGUCCGCGAUUCCGAGUCGCGUCCCUCGAGAGCGCGAUCAAGGUCUCGGGCAUCUACUUUCAACAACCCAGUGAUAGUACCAGCGGUCAUGCCUGCCAUGCCUGCUCCUGCUGGACCACGGAGCCCUACAGAAAAAAGACGAUCGCCUGAGAGAAGGGCCAAUUUAAGUCAAACAAUUCCGCCAAUGGAGGUGUGGCCACCAGCCAAAUUUGACCCGACGAAGAGCGCACCAGCCGUCGACGGACCGAGGGGUAGCUACCGACGAUAUUCGCACGAUGCAGACCGCGGUGGCGUGUCUGACUUUCCCGAUUGCCCUCGGAAGAAGGGCAUUGUAGGCAAGGCUGAUUGGCUUAGUCUGCCUAGGUGCGACAACUUCAACAUCUGUCCAGACUGCUACAACGGAGUGUUUCUCAACACCGAAUUCCGCAAUGACUUUAUGCCCAUGUUGUUCCGACCAAUGGACAAGCCAAUUGCCUGCGAUUUUGGCUCCAUUGGGUGGUAUCACAUUGCGUGGUUGUUGACGUUGAAGAAUCGUUUGACGGACUUGCGCCUAUUCUAUCAGGUCGCCAAUGUUACCAGCAAGGCGACAAGCAGCAUUCAGCCCUGCUCAGGAGACCGUCGAAAUACCCGCGUUUGGUACUCGAUCAAGAAUCCGUAUACGCAGACGACGAUGCCAGACUUCACCGUCUGUUACGAAUGUGCCAAAACCAUCGAAGCACUACUUCCCAACCUGAUAGGCCUGUUCGUCACGCUCCACCCCACGGCACAGCCCACGAGGAGCGUGUGCUCGAUGCACUUUAAUCCUGAUCGAAAGCGUUUCGUGAUGUAUUUCGAUGCACUUGAGACGACCUCAGAUGUCGCUCUCGCAACAACCCAAGCGCCCAACAUCGCGAAGCUUGUGACAGACAUUGAAAACCUUUCCGUGUUUGCAGAGUGCUCCAAGGACAACCCAGUCUAUGAUCAAAACUGGCACGUCAUGCAAUUUCUUCCCCAGUUCACCGUCUGCGGUGACUGUUUCGACGAGGUGGUGGCGCCUCAACUGAGAGACGGCAACGUCAUUGCGAGGAACUUUUAUGUGAAGCCACAACGCUUAGAAGAGGCGUCGUGUCAGCUGUAUUCUAUCAGAAUGAGGGCCGUCUUCGACAAAUCAUGCCGUCGUAAUGAGCCCAAAUAUCUCGAGACCAAGGUGAUCGAGCGGCAAAAGAUGUUCACGGAGACGUAUAAGAGGAUGGCAAAACUAGAGCAGGAGCGGACGCAGUGGGCGCGAGAGGAGAGCAAGAAGCUACUCGAGGAAUGGGAAAAAUGGGAAUGA